AAAUAUAGAAACAGUACGAGAAUAGUGUAUGAAUUACAGAAGGAUUGUCAGAAUCUGUUGGUUUUCGAUCGUAAAAACUGAACUGUUUAAUCGAUACCACGAGAUUGUACGCGUUCUCUCGUAUUUCAACAACCUCGGCUGAUACUCGUUUCAAAGACACGAUUCGCGCUUAAGCCACGGAAAUCGCAUCGUGACCGAAAUCCUCUAAAAAGAACUGCGAGGCGAGUUACAAAUCCUUGGAAACUCGCGUGGAAAGUGAGCCGAUCCCCGUUUUAAACGUCGAUAUAUCACGACGAAGAGGUAGCUGGCUGGUGAAAUCGAAGAUGCAGCGAAAGCUCGACGCGAAGUUCAAAGGAUAGACGCGCGUCUAUUAAACGUUUUGCUCUCGCGUUACGCCCAUGGAAAGUCAAAUGGACUAGUAGAGUCUAGGUCUACAGAGCGAGAGAGAAAGAGAGAGAGAGAGAGACGAAGAAAGAGAAGGACGUUGUUCAGACUUUCACGUCGACUCCGUUUCUUCGAUCGCGUUACGAAAAUUGCGGUUCAUUGCUCGUAGCUGGAAUGCUCGAUUCGAGCGAAGAUCGAUUGUUUGGAAAAUCAGAAAAAACGUACCGUCGUAAGUGGGAAUGAUCAAUAGCCAGACUUGUCGGCGCGACGAUUGUCUUUACGUAAUUGGCAAUUGGAGAACGGCGAACAUACUCCUCGUACGCAUGUGUGUUCGCGAACCCAAACAGACUGGAUAUUUUCAGUGAAAUCGCAGCGAACUUUUUGGCGCUCUCAAUUUCGAGAAAGCGAUCGUGCAGAGGUUCUGAACUCUGAGAUAAAUGCAAAUGGAAUUUAAUAAGUGAAACUCGUGAGAUAGGUGACGUUCGCCAAAGUCGACUCGUCGGUAAUCGAUAAAAAUAUACGGAGUGUAUAUAAAUAUGAUCGUCCACGAAAUAUACUAUAUGUGAACAUACAUAAACGUGGAAUAUAGGCAAACAAAGUAGAAGAGUUGUUCAUUUUUACCAAAGUUUUGGAGCGGCGAUAAAAAGGAAGACACGGCUGGAAGUUCAUCGAACCAUCGGUCGUUCGUAUAGAUUGUCGUUUUUAGGCUUUGUCGGCGAAGAAAAAGUUGAUCGAAUAUUCGAUAACAAAUAAACGAAUUGCCAGUCGAUAUAUCCGUUUAGGAAACGAUUAAAAAAUAACGAGGAAUACAAAAGUAGGAAGUUUAAACAGAAAAAAUAAACGGUCGACCGCAAAGUAAUUAUUCGACGAUCAACGAGGUACUCAGAAUUUAAAACCACAAAUGCGAAAUACGUGGAGAAAUAAAUGAUAAUUGAAUGCGGAGAAAAUACAAAAUACGAACGCCGCUGGCGAUGUGUUAAAACAAUUGUUGAUUAUUUAAAUUGAUAAUAUAAAUGUUUGAAUUAAUAACGAGGAUGGCGGAAAAUUGGGCAUCGUUUAUUGGCCGCGGCUGACACGGCACCGCGAUAAUGACGCGCAUUAUAUUCGCUGGCCGUGCGUCAUAAGGCUUCGGCCGUCGUCGGCAGCGCGGUGACAUCAAUUUGGAGGACUGUCCGCUGCUGUAAAUCUAAUUAUUUAACGAGCGUCCCACCGCCCCGACGCGAAAUCGUCUGCAAGACAACGCUGCGAAACACGUUUCAUUCCGCAACGCGAAUCCCGUCGACGAUCAGUAUUUGUGCAUCGAUUAUGCUCCUGAAUAUUCUAGUGAGUUCGUGUCGGGACCAAGGUAUCGGUUGGUUUCACAGAUACCCAAAGCAGGUCUGUUGGGUACCGAAAUGUAUCUCGGAUAACUGAGACGCCCGCAUUGGCGCGACAAACCAAAGAGCACUGUGAUAAUCGAUAAGAAAAAUAUGAGAGUGAAGAACAAUGAAUCAAUCUUAUGCGAGAUGAUAGUGAUCCGUGAUCAGUGAAAAGCAAUGAUGUUCACGAUGAUCGAGCCGAGGAACGAUAGGGUGGGUAACACCCACGCUAGGCACCACUGUUACCAAGUGAUAAGGACCACCAGGGUUCACCAGAGUUCCAGGAACUCGAGGAUGGUCACCGUCCAAGAAAAGGUGAUCAGGUCGCGGCUACAGCUGGGCUAUUCCACGCCCACCAACUUCAUCAACCGCUUCCCGCAGAAGAUGGAGAGGCCGUCGCAGCAUGCCGCGAACGUGAACCAGGUGCACGGUAGCGGCAUGCACGGCGUGUACUCGUCCGGUAGUCAAACGUCCCUGACGACGUCCUACAUCACGGGUCAGUCGUACGUGCAGAACCAGAAUUACGGACAUGGACCGUACAAUUCGACGUCGAACGUGAGGGUGUACGCCCACGCGGGUUACAACCAGCCGCAGAGUUACGGCACUAUGGUGCAGGGCUACGGUGGUCAGCCGCAGGCGAGCGGGUAUCAACAGAAUCAUCUUAAAAAAGGACCUGUACGUAACGGAGACGUGUUGAAGAGAUGCCGUCUUCAGACUGCGUACGAGUUGUCUCAAGAUCUUUUGGACAAGCAGAUCGAGAUGUUAGAGCGAAAAUACGGUGGCGUGAAGGCGAGGAACGCCGCGUUGACUAUCCAGCGAGCGUUCAGGAGAUACACGCUUUUAAAAAAGUUCGCGGCGAUUACUGCGAUGGCCAAAGCGGAAAAGCGUUUGAGCCGAAAGAUCCAAGACAACACGGAGAGGACUGGGAACGCCAACGAGCAUGAAAGGAUGGUCUAUCAUAGUCAAAUUUACAUACAGCAGCCGUCGGGGGCCGCGAACCGGCCGAUGCCUAUUAGGAGCAUGUCCCUCCGGGAGAGGAGGCACGUGGAGAACUCGCAGUCGCCGAUACCCAGGAGCCAAAGCGGCAGGUGCGAGGUCCAAAUUGGCGGUGGUCAUCAGCACGCGAAUCAUAACAUACAUCAAACUGGCAGACACACCCCGUCUUUGGCCCCGAGCCCCUGCAACAGACACCAACAGCUACCACCUAGCCCGUGCUGGGAAUCGAGCUCGCAAGAGAGCGGCUCCAGCAUGCACUAUUACAAUCCACAGGAGACGCUCUGCAGUAUAAGGCAAGAAACGCCUCCGCGCGAUCUUCUGCGAACGCCAUGUACGUCACCGUCGACGCCGCACAAUCUUCAAACGCCGGUGCCACAGAAUUGGAGUAGCGUCGGGCAUCUCGGUUCCGCCGGCAGAACGAGGGCAUCCGCGAAGAAGGUGCCGCCGGAAGUGCCAAAAAGAACGUCUUCCAUUACGUCCAGAUCCAUGGAGCCGCGGCACAAUGGUCUGAGCAAGAGCGUCGAGAACGGUAGCUUGAGCUCGGUCCAGAGUUCCGGUAGCGAUUCCACUAAUUGCGAGAGCUCCGAGGGAGACCCUCAAAGAGGAUCACCUGUGUGGAAGCACAAAGGAAUCUCAAGUUCGCCGGAGCAUCAAGAGAUCGCGAACCACGCGACGGACUCGGCGACGAUGAUGAACAACGUGAAAGAUCUGGGCCACUCCCACGCUAGUUCUGGGUAUCAGCAUCCCCUGAUGGACCACCCGGAAAACAUGCCGCAGGCGAGUUACAAAGUGUCGGAGACGGUCAGAAAGCGACAGUACCGAGUGGGCCUAAACCUCUUCAACAAGAAACCGGAGCGGGGAAUCACCUACUUGAUCCGAAGGGGAUUUCUCGAGAACAGUCCUCAGGGUGUAGCGAGAUUCUUGAUCAGCAGAAAGGGAUUGUCGAAGCAGAUGAUCGGGGAAUACCUUGGAAAUCUUCAGAAUCCCUUCAACAUGCACGUGCUCGAAUGCUUCUCUCACGAGCUGGACCUGUCCGGAAUGCAAGUGGACGUAGCAUUGCGGAAGUUCCAAGCGUACUUCCGAAUGCCGGGCGAGGCUCAGAAGAUCGAACGAUUGAUGGAAGUAUUCAGCCAACGUUAUUGCCAGUGCAACCCCGACGUGGUCUCCAGGCUACGCUCCGCGGACACGGUCUUCGUCCUGGCGUUUGCGAUAAUCAUGUUGAACACCGAUCUGCACACGCCAAAUUUGAAACCGGAGCGCAGAAUGAGGAUGGACGACUUUAUAAAAAAUCUCCGCGGCAUCGACGACUGCGGAGACAUAGACCGAGACAUACUGGUCGGAAUUUACGAGAGAGUGAAGGAGAACGAAUUUAAACCUGGUUCCGAUCACGUCUCCCAAGUGAUGAAAGUUCAAGCGACGAUCGUCGGCAAGAAGCCGAAUAUGGCGUUGCCGCACAGAAGAUUGGUCUGCUAUUGCAGGCUCUACGAGAUCCCCGACAUAAACAAGAAGGAGAGACCGGGCGUGCAUCAACGGGAAGUGUUCCUCUUUAACGAUCUACUUGUCGUCACGAAGAUUCUCAGUAAGAAAAAGAACAGCGUCACGUACACGUUCAGGCAGAGUUUCCCAUUGUGCGGAAUGGUAGUCACGCUGUUCGAGGUUCCUCAUUAUCCGUAUGGAAUAAGACUCUCCCAGCGCGUUGAUGGAAAGGUACUGGUCACGUUCAACGCGAGGAAUGCACACGAUAGAUGCAAGUUCGUGGAGGACCUCAGGGAAUCCAUCAGCGAGAUGGACGAGAUGGAGACAUUACGGAUCGAGACGGAACUGGAACGACAGAAGAGCAGCAGAAGUGCCAGAGGUGGCGGCGCCGAAAAUAGAGACUCCGGAGUAGCGGACGUUGAAAUCUGUCCUUGCCCGGGUUCGUGUUCCGAAAGGUCGGAGACCACCGACAUGGACACGCAAUUAAAACGAUCCGCGCUUAGCAAUUCCCUUCUGGAUAUACACGAGCAAUUUGCUGGCGAAAAACCGCAACGACGCGGAAGCGUGGGUUCGCUCGAUAGCGGUAUGUCGAUUUCUUUUCAAUCUACGUCUGCCAGCUCUAUGAGCCAAGGCAUUAAGCAUCCUGGACAAGUUCAUCCUAUGCAUCCAGGGGCCACGAUCCCCGGUGGUGCCAAAGGACUGGCUCAGCAGCCCUCUUUUUUAGGGAAUCUGUUCGCCAAACGGGAACGAAAACUCUCGCAAUCGGAGGAGUCCGGCCCGUACAGCCGCACCACGGAAGUGUAAUGUAUUGUCCUUCCGAUGCUGCCUAAAAGAUAACAGGAACUCUCGCGAUGGGGCGAUGUCGAGUUAAAGGUUUCAAGAGAAAACAGUGUAUGAAACUUUUUUACUUCCUCCUUUCCUAUACAUAAUUUCACAACGCCUACAUCGCGACGUCAGUUAAGUUCCAGUACAGGUUUAUUGUAAAUUCUGUGGAGAGCUCGAAUACAGUUUUUCUCUGGAAAUUUUGAAUAGUCGAAAACGAAUAUCGUGUGCACGGUUUCCUCGUCGAAUGAGGCGCGAACCCUUUCGCUUUCUCUCGACUCUCGAAGGAAGCGGUGAAUGGUCGCUGAUUUUUGUACGCGAUUAGAAAGGUCGAUACGUCUUCGAGACGAGGAAGGGAAGUCGGCGAGUUACCCUGUAAUGAAAUAAAAACGAAAAAUUAAAAGAAGAAAACAGUGUUAAAAAAAUGAGGGCAAUUGAUUACGCGAAGCGUAGAUUUAUUAGAUUGGGCAGGAUCCAAUCGCGAUCACGUCGAGAAGUAAAAGUUGGCUGGAUGUCUGAGAGAUUUGCCUCCACCGGGGCACGUGUAUAGUAUUUAUUAAUCGAAAAGUGGAGAAAAACACGUCGGAUCGAUACGAUCUUUUUCUUAUCUCUCUUAUGGUAUUUAUAAUUAUUUCCGAUGGUGGAUUCGCUCGCACGAUUCCAUCCGCAUUUGUAGAUAAUCCCUCUAUUAUAUAUUGGUCAUCUAGGCCCGGUGAACUGAUUUUUAAACGAGAAACCGCGUGGCAAAAGAAAUUAUGCUCUUAAAGAAGUAGAAAUGGAGAACAGUUGAUGGAGAGAGAGCGACUCUAGUGUAACAUCGUCUUUUUGCAAAUAUCGUCGUAGCUAUACUUGAACACUCUUGUACAUAAUAGAUAUAUGUAUGACGAUAGAAUUGUACGAUUACAAUGAUGAUGAUGAUUCUGUAACAAAAAAAAGGUAGCCUAAGGAAACCGAUAAGCAAUCCCCUUCUCAAUGUUAGGUGCAUGUCGAUGUCUAACAAGUUUUUAAUAUCACAGCAAUGGAAAAAAAGCGUUUAACGUAUGUAGUAUCCUUUGUAAGUAUUAACGUUUGAAAAGCGUAAGAAGGAUAGGAGAGACGCGUUUCUCAUUGCGAAUAUCUCGAUAAAUAAUACAAUAACCAUUUGCAAGUCGUGUAGUUCUGCUUAUGUGUUCGAGCUCGAAUGGUCUGUCCGAAGCAGCGUACAUUUUAAGUAAACGAUUAGUCGGUUUCUCGUCUCGAUAUAGCGUAAAUGACUCGACUAAGUAUGCGAUCGCGAGCCUUGGCUCCCGAAGCAAGAGGACAACUUGUAUGCCUUAUAUACUGCCACAACUCAUCACCGAGAGAUGAGAAGCUGACUAACGACUUUAGAUUAGACUAUAGAGAACUUUCCGAAGGCUGCAGAAUUCCGUACUCGAAAUGUUAACUUGUACAUAUGCACCAGCAGCUCUCGCGGUACCGAGUAAAUAGUAAGUUGAAAAGAAAUAUUCGUUGGUUUCGGAACUUCGCCGGAUGCGACUAAUCAUAAAAAUUUGAUACACUGUACAUUAUCAUAACACGUAAUUCGUUUCGGACUUUGGGAGUUUUAUUUCUGAUCAACCCGUUCGCGCUAUUGUUUCGUAUGGUUCAGUAGCUCUUUCUUUCGAGAUUACAUGCGUAACGUUAAGCCCUUCGACCGAACCCGGAAAAAUAUAAGUUCUUACUUUUUAACGGAGACACUUACACAAACACAGGCAUAAUAAAAUAAAAAUAAAUAAUACUUAUAUUAGGGCAGCUAAGUUUCCUAACAUUUUAUCUCAUAUAUAAACUUCGGCUGCUAUCGCGUUUCUCGAUUUUAAAGAUGCCUACUAUUCUCUCUUAAACGAGACGGAGAAACGGGCUGUUGUAACGAUCGUGUAGGUUCUAAUUAAUUGUAAAAUCGAACGAUAGUUAUUCUCACGUUGUUGAUACGAACGAGUAUGAAUUUUAGGGUACGCAGGGGUUGAAGGAAAUGUGAAACGGAACGAAAAGGAAAUUCCAGCAAAACUGGAAACGUAAUUAAAACUGUUUGGCGAAGUGUUCAUCCUAAACUUGUAUUAUAGGCUCCCACGGAUCCGUAACAACAAACGUAGUCUUCAGCGUUAUUAAUUCUAGUCUUUCUCAUCAGGAGAGUUCUCCGGCCGCGUUGUAACACUCGCGAAUGAAAUAAAUUUCAUGGAAACAUCAUCACAGGAAAAGCCUCGACGUAGCUUUUAAGGGUGUGGUAAUACAAUAAAUAGUGCGAGACCAGUUUAAUAUUAAUCUAAGGAUCGCGUCAAUUUGCGUGGAUAAUGAAAAUAAAUUCGAACGGAAAUAAAUGAAAAGAGAAUACGGAAGUUCUUCUGUGAUAAUCUUCUUAUGAAAAAAAAAACGAAAAUAAGAAAAGACUGAUUAAGAAGACCAUCUUCUACGUCGUCAGGGAUAUUCGUCAGAAAAUUCAGAGAAAAGAGUAUACAUCGUCAUUACGUUCUCUCACGAGCUCGUUUAACGACCGGAAGUCCUUCGGCUGUUCGUCGACUUCCUCUGGUUCUUGAACGAGGACGGUGUUAGUGCGAUUAGAGAAUCACGCUUAGGUGUUUUCCAAACUCGUUUCCACGCGUACAAUUAUACCAUAGCGAUCGUAAGCAAUAAAACUCGGUUCUAUUUCAAGUUUCACGCACGAUCUCACGUACGAUAAAUAAAAUGAUCAUUAGUUUCGAUUAGACAUUAUUGGUAAAGUUAUGUAGUCAGUACCAAAGUAGAGAAACCGUAAGUUUCAUUCGUUGAAACAAACGUUUGGAAAUCACAGAAACAAGUGCUCGUCACGACAUCGAAGCAAUACAACGUUGUGGAACAUAAUAAUUAUUGACGCGAUCUUCGAACAAAAGAGGAAAGAAAUGGUAACACGCGAAAAAUAAUGUCGACAAACUUUCGGCGCAUUCGACGAAACACGAUUUGAUGAGAAAGUGAAGUACUUUAUUAAUUAAGGAAUAACAAUUGCUCCCCGUACGAAAGUAUCGCCUCCUUUGUUAAUCUAACGAAAACGCUGUAUGCACAUUGUGUUAAUAAAGAACUAUGAGUCUGGAACGUGUAAAACUA